CUUUCUUAUUACUAUUUUUUUGUUUUGUUUUUCUCCUGCUGCUGUUGCUGCUGCAGCUGCAGUUGAAACGGGAUUAAGAAGACAACCCCGAUUUCCCUAUAGAGGAGCAAGAUCGCCUCCAGGCAGCUGUAACUUCACCAAGGACGCUCCUCUGUUUUUUUUUAAAAUUGCAUUAUUAUUAUUAUUAUUGCCAUUAUUAUAAUUUCUACUCUGAGUUAUCCCCCCCCCCCCAGAUCUCUGUGGAGCUCUCCACCACCACCUCAUUUAUUUUUAGUGUGAGAAUAAACGGACAGGGAAGAGCUCCAGGAAAAGAAAAAAGAAAAAGAAAAAAGAGAGAGAGAGGUUGAGAGAUUGAGAGGAUGGCUCGACCUCUCUCUUUGAACCCAACUUUCCUACCUCCAACCUACGGAGUGCUGAAGUCUCUGCUGGAAAACCCGCUCAAGCUGCCGCUGCAUCACGAAGACGCAUUUUAUAAAGAAAAAGACAAAGAAAAAAAGUUGGAUGACGACAGUUCUAGCGCCACGGUCCCACAGUCUGCUUUCCUGGGGCCGACAUUAUGGGACAAGACCCUUCCCUAUGAUGGCGACACUUUCCAGUUGGAGUACAUGGACCUGGAAGAGUUUCUCUCAGAGAACGGCAUUCCGCCCAGCCCAGCCCAGCAUGACCACAGCCCACACCAACCCACUCUCCAGCAAGCUACCUCAGCUACACCUUCCGUCAUGGACCUCAGCAGCAGGGCCUCCACGUCGGUCCAUCCCACCAUGGUUUCUCAGAACUGCAUGCCAAGUCCAGUCAGACCAGGUCAGAUCUUGCCUACCAGUCGUAACACACCAAGUCCCAUUGAUCCAGAGACCAUUCAGGUUCCAGUCGGAUAUGAACCUGACCCUGCCGAUCUCGCCCUUUCCAGCAUUCCCGGCCAGGAGAUGUUUGACCCUCGUAAGCGCAAGUUCUCCGAGGAAGAGCUGAAGCCACAGCCCAUGAUUAAGAAAGCUCGCAAAGUGUUCAUUCCAGAAGAUCUGAAGCAGGAUGACAAAUACUGGGCAAGACGCAGAAAGAACAACAUGGCUGCCAAGCGGUCUAGAGAUGCCCGGAGGCUGAAGGAGAACCAGAUUGCCAUCCGCGCCUCAUUCCUCGAGAAAGAGAACACCGCCCUGCGCCAGGAGGUGGCUGACCUACGGAAAGAGCUGGGCAAAUGCAAGAACGUCCUUGCCAAGUAUGAAGCCCGACACGGCCCCCUGUAAAUGGCAUUUUCCCCCCACCCCACUUUCUGGUUUUCCCCUUCUUCCCUGUCCCCCUAACCCCCCCCCCAGGUUGGCAUUUAAAUAGAUGGACUCCUCUUUGAUAGCACCAAACCUAACCAACGUUUCAGUCAUCAGCACUUUACCGGAAAGCAGAAACAAAACCAAUGUACAACUCUUUUUGUCCAUGGACGCAUGUAGAGGCAUGCGUGUAUGCAGGGGUGUGUUUGUGUGUGAGUGUGCACGUGCAUCUCAGCACUGUUCAUUUUAAAGUAGCCCUCCAAACAGGGCGGCAUAUUUUCCCUCGGACUGCUGAGAUUGGCCACAAUAAGCUUUUUAUUAGAUAAGUACAUAUAUGUAUAUGUUUUUUUUCCAGUGCUGCUUCAAACUAGCUAUGUUUUAUCUUACUGUAUUCUUGAUUUAACUUGGGGGAGGGGAAAGAAAAAAUCCCCAAUAUAAAAGAGAAGAGAAAUGGGAGAGGGAAGACAGGAGAGAGGAAAGGGUGUGUGUGUAAAUCUCUUUCCAGUCUCUCGUUUAAAUAUGCCUAAUCAGACAAUGCUAACUUGCUAAUUAAAAAAAUGCACAAAUGAUACUUUAAUGCUACACUGCAAAAAUAUUAAUUUAUAGAUUUGCUUCCUUCCUUCCUGUUUGUUUGUUUCUUCCUGUGUUCAUAAGUUUCAAGAGUAGACUAUAUCUUCAGAUUCACACUGCUGUCCAUAGUUUUCCUCCUAGUAGGCUCCAUAAGAAACAGCUGUGUGUGUCCUUCAAUUGCCACGAAGCCUGGAACACAUUGAUAGUAGUACUACAGACAGAUCACAGUGUAUUUUUUAAAAACAUUAUUUUGCAUUGCCUAAACCUAAGCAAUAAUCCGAUUGUAUGCUAGUCAUCUGCAAUGUUUCUGGUGGCCAUCGGAUGACCUCUUUUCCUAAUGAGAGUACUUUUUACUGUUUUGCUCAUUUUUAUCAGGAAUAGUAAGGAAUUAUUGAUAGGCUGCUACAAAUAUUCCUGAAAGAGCAAGACAAAAACUCCAGAGAUCCUCGCAUGGCCAGUCCAAGUUUUGUCUUACCUUAGGCAAAUUGAAAUAUUGCUUCCCCCUCUCCCCCCACUUAUGCUCCAUCCUAUACUGAGCAUAACAUGGGAUUAAUUCAAUAACUGAGUAGGAUAACAGACGUUCAUUACUCCCUUCACAGCACUUUACAAUGGUUAUCAUUCUCUAUACCUCAUGGAACCAUUGGAGAUCCAUGUGCUCUCGGUUGCAAUUCCAGAGAGGCAGGUGAUGUCAAGCUAUUCAUGCUGGGAAUGUCUCUAUCUCUCACCCCACUGACAUGGGGACUUCAAUAGCAUAGGCAGCUCUAGAAGGUAGGCACUACAAGACAUUGCCUCAAUGGGCAGGAUAGGCUGAUGUACACAGACUGCUGUUCCCCAUUCCCUCUUUCACAGGGGGAGAAAUCUGUGGCUCUCUCUAUGUUGCUAGACCACAACUCCCAUUAGCUCCCUAGCCAAUAGAGCCAAGUGUGAUGGGGCUUGGUGGACUGCUAUGUCCAAACAACUGGAGGACCACCGCUGGUUGCCCACGCUUCAGCAGAUCUAUGCUUGUUCUACGCCCUUCUCACCGUGCUGAUCACCUGUCAGUGGUAAGAAGGCCAGGUAGAGUUAGGCCCUUCCUCACUUCUCAGGACAGUCUAUCAACGUCCAUGGAGGCAAGGACACCUCCAUUGAUUACCCUUCCAUGAUGAGGGUGAGAAAGUUGUGCCCAUAACACAAGAUAUAUUUCAAUUUGUAAGAGAGCAAAACGAGAACUUUGGAGUUAUCCUUGGUGUUCCCGUUCUGGGGCAUCUUAGUAUUCCUAUUAUUUCACUUCAUAUUUGCAUUUCUCAAAGUACUGGUUUUGUGAUUCAAGUAUUUUUUUCUUUUUCCCCAGUUCUGUAAUAUGUUUUCUGUGGACCUCUCCCUCAUUCUGUUUCUGGAUUGUUUUGAACAGAGCUUAGAAAUGUCCUUCCCUGCUUUUCUUUUCAGUCUAUAGCUCCCAAAUCCCACUAGCUAGCUGGGCCAAUGGGCUGGGAGCUAUAUUCCGAAAACGUAACUUUCUCAGUGACUCAGAAGUCCUUCUCCCCGAUUCCACUUUCCCUUGACGUGUUAUUUUGAUUGUAUCAUGAGCUGAUGGUUCUCACACUUUCUCCUGUUCUUUUUUUCUUUUUUUAGCUUUGAUUUGCUUUCAAAACUUGUGUUGUAUUAUAGAAUGGACUUCUAGGGUAUUGCAGGGCAGGGUAGGGAAAUGAAUGUACAAGAAGCAGGUAUAUAUUGAAAGGGGAUGGUGUUGUCGUACUUUGGUUAAUCUAAUCCAUUUAAAUGUUUUCUGAAGACCAAAAGAAACUGAUUAUUACAAAAUGUAUAAAGUUUAUACAGAAUCAUUAGAGUGUGCUUUUUUUGUACAGUAUUUUUCACAAGGACAAAUGCUGAGUGUGUAUUUUGGAAGUGUGAGCAUGAUAUAUGAUAUAUCACGUAUAUAUUAUUAUAUAUAUUAUAUAGACAUUAUUACAAUAUGAUAUAUAAUAUAUAUAAUAUAUGAUACAUUAACGUAAAUAUGAUAUAUUAAGCAGAGGGAGGGAAAGCAAAGGUAGAUAUUCUGUGCUUAUAUAUUCUCAUUAGUAUUGUACAGAGAGGAAAUGGUUCUAGGACUCCCACUGCACUUAAAUUAUUUUGUGUUUUUUUGUAACCACUGAUCUUUUAGCAUGGUUUUACACUUUAUACAGUCCAUAUCUUUCCAGGCACAGCUGCUCACAUGGACAAGGAUAGCAUGGGGCUCAGCAGAACUGUCCUGCUGUCUCCCAUCCUCAGAGUGUCCUGCCUUGGCCCAUGUGCUAGUCUUGAAUAACUUGGCUGAGAAGCUUAAUGGAGAGAAAGAAUUGAUCAGGUAGUGCUGGGAAGAGCUCAGAGCACAGCAUUGCAUAAAUGCUGAGAUGAAUGCAGCUCUGUUGAGCCUGAGGCAAAUCUUUCUUGGUGUAAGAAGUUGUGUCAUGUGUGAGGAUGGAUUCUACCCUAAAUAUUUAAACAGUUUAAACUACCCUAAAUAUUUAAAAGUUUGCCACAGUCCUUCCAGCAAACAAUAGUUUUCUCUUCCUUCCUUCCUUCCUUCCUUCCUUCCUUCCUUCGAAUCUAUUGUGCAGUGACCAGAUUUAUGCUGUGAUGCUGGUCACAGAGUUUAGGCCACACAAGUAUGAUAAGGAUGGUGCUGUAACUUAAUUAAAGUGUUGUCGUGCUUAUGUUGUCAACCUUCUCUCACAUUUCAGAUCUGCUGCUGUGGGGAAAAACUGUCUCCACCACAUGGAAUUUCCCUCCCCCCUCCUUUUUUUCAUUGCUAGGCUUCGUAAAACAAGGAUCCUUUCAGAGCAAAGUAGGUCUCUCUCUAAGGAAGUCCAGACUCAGUGGGAUGGGGAGUCUUAAGAGUCUCCUUGGUCCCUUCCAAUGGAUACCUCAGUUGAACUUGAAGACAGAGGGCUAGUACUCUGGUGCAGUGCAGUUGCCCAUGUCCUCUGUCCUCUGGGAAUAAGUAGUUCAGAGGAAUUUAGGAUUGUUCCCCACAUUAGAGGUGAACCUAAGUUUGUCAUCCAGUGCUCUCUCAGCAGGGGGCUGCUGCUAAUUACCGGUUCCCGACAAGCAUGACCCUGUUUGUCACAUUCACAUACCUUACCUUUCCAGGAUUAAGCUGGCACCUAAAAUGCAGUGACUAGUGUGGGCCUCAGGUACUCUUAGUUCCCAGUGAAGACAAUGGCUGAAAUUCUGUUGCUUGGCACAAUAAGUAGGCUCAUUUGAAUCAGGGGAAUUUACCGAAGAGUUGACUCAUCAAAUUGCCACUGAUUCAGUGGGUCUACUCUUGUGCAACAUUUACUGAGCAGCAGGAUUUCUGCCAAGGGAACCUAAAGUACACAGAACUUUCUCUGAACUACAUCUCUUGUGUAGGUUUUAUGGACACAGGGAAGUGAGAUUCUCUCCCUCUCUCCCUCCCUCCAUAGUAAUCACCCCUUUCCUGCUGGUCCUAAGUUUUUUCAGUGGCCCCAAUCCUUCAAUUUUUCUCUUACCCAACCCUGCCCUUUUUCACAUUGGGCACAGCCAUGUGAACCAUCCGUGAUAAGUUUUUGCCUUUGUUUCACUUAAGCAGCCUUGAGAACUUGAUAUCUAGUCCUGGUGAGGAUAACUACAGCAAAAUUCAGACACCCACCUGGCAUACAAGUCUAUAAUGGUGCUAUACAUAUUUCUAAAAGAUAUACAUGUAUCCUCAAAGCAAACACUUUUCCAUUCCAUAAAAUUUCACUUAAAUCCAAAGGCAAUUUUUAAACAAUUGUGCUUUGGCCUGCUGGAAAAGGUACCCAAAUAUCUCAGUUACAUUAAAAGGCUAGAUUUUGGUGGACCAUUAUUUCAGUGGAUAUAUUUGUUGCAGCUUCCCUUAAAAUAAGAGAGUUUUUUUUUAAAAAAAAUGGGAGUAACAUACUUGAUAAAAAUUUAGAAUUUCGAUGGCAAUCAGUAAUGACAAUUCAUACUAACUAUAAAUCAAAAGUAAGGGGCACAAUCCACACGAGGUUAAUUGCUCACUGAUUCCAGGGGGAAGAGGUAAGCGCAUGACUGAGUCUCUCCUGUUGAACUCAAUGGGACUGAAUAGUGGUUAACUUUUGCUGCUUAAAAUCUAGGGUUUUAAGAAAUGGCAAAGCACAGAUAAGUAACCUGUUUGGACUUUAACUUGCCAGAAUUCCCCCAGCCAAUCUAGCCAGCUUUGCAGUCCAAAAAGUAAAUUUUUCUGAGCUCUGAAUGUCUGUCUCCCACCCUCCAAGAUAGCGGCAGGCUGUCAGUAUAAAAAAGUAGAAUUUCUAUAAUUUUACAUGUCUUUAUGGCUGAAUACGCACCACUUUUUUCACCUGAUGAUCCUUGCAUGCUGUUUGUGAGUUUGAAAAAGUUCCAGUCCCCCUUCCAGUAUAAUUCCUAGGACUCCGCUGGCCAUGGGAACAAAAUGAUCGACUCUCCCUCUGCCAUUCCAGUUGGUGCGCCUUUUUAAAAACUAGCCCAGUCAGUUAAAAACUGUAUUUCAGUGCUGCCAGUAGAGGAAAGGAUUUCCUGCUUCAAUGGCCCACAUGGCAACAUGCACUAGAAACAUUUUUGCAGACUGGUCACUUCUAUGAACUUGUUUGGGAGACUUAUUUAGAGUCACUGAGGAAAUGUGUUUUUGACGUAUUUGAAACAACAGUAUGAUCUGGUAGGCCUGAACAUUUAUUUCCAGGCAUAACAAUAUGCCAUGGUUUUUGUAGUCAUGGAUAUGGUGUUGUUCAGAUACAUUUAUGGGAAGUCAGCAGUGUUCACUUGUGCAAAGAGCGAGGAAUUUGAGGCCUUCAAGAUAUAGGUGAACCAAAACAACCAUUAUCCCUGACCAUUAGAAAUUCUGGCUAGGGCUGAAGUUCAGAGUUUGGAGUUCAGAGUCCAAAAUCAACUGGAAAGAGACAUAUUUGUCUAUCCUUGACUGCAUGCUACCAUCCAGUCACACAGCCUCUUAACCUCAUGCCCUUGCUGGGUCCACAAGCUGGUGAAACACCUUUCAGUCUCCUUCCCAGGAUCAUGUGCUGACUCUCCAACUGGCUUCCUUGACAUUUUGGGUUUCGACCUGGGCCUUCCAAGACUCCUGGAAAAAUUCUUUAAGAGGGACAGACCAAGUUAAAAUUCAGAGGCAAUCAGGAAAGCAUCCUCCAUCAUCAUGGAGGGGAAAGAAUUGCUACAAAAAUAUUAUAGGACAUUGGGGAGGAUGAUUUCAUUGCUGGUGCUUGAGUUCUGACCCAAUGUCAUGGUCACAGGAUAUUGGUUGGAGCUGAAAUAGGUUCCAGGCAGUGCCCACAGGUCACAGGGUAUGUAGCAGGUAUAGCCAGCCAUUAGAUUGUCCAGAGGGCCAAUCUAAAUCAGGUGACACGGGAAGAGGGAUGGCAGCCCUUUUCUAAAUCCCCAGCGCCCAUAGCUAGUGGAGGCAUAAUAUGCUUGCCUGGCAAAUUGGCAAAAUGUUGGAGACUUCCUAAAACAUGAUUAUCACAGUAUAUCCUCUCUUCUGAAGUCAGCCAUCAGCUUAGACCAAGAUGGGGGAACCCUGUGGCCCACCAAAAACUGAAUAUGGCAGCGGUCUUCAGCUCCAGCCAACAUAGCUAAUGGUCAAGUAUUGUGGGGUUAGAGAUCCUGCAACAUCUGGAAGACUGCUGGUUCCUUACCACUUGGCUUGGUGGGAAAAUAAAUUCCUGGCCCCCGGUGACUGCCCACAAUCCCAGUUUGGUUCAGGAAUGUCAGUUACCUGCCACUGCUUUGUAGUUAAGAUCCCAUGCCAUUCCCUAUGAGUGUGGAGUCAUUGGAUGAAUGAAACGUAGCCUUAUCUUCUGAAUUACAGUUCCUUCUGUGGGGUUCUCUGCCUUUAUUCUUGCUUGGAACAUUAUGUGCGCGUGUGUAUGUGUAUAGGUGCAUUAGCACAUGUGUGUACUCUGAGAAGAAGAAGAAGAAGAUUUGGGUAUUUUUCUUUUCAUUUGGAAGAAUAUAUAAAAUCUUUUCUCUCUCUCAAGUGAUCAACCAUUGUAUUUCUGGCAACACCACAAGGCAGCAUCUGUUACGAAGAGUUUAACAAAUAAGAUCAAAUUAAAUGUCUCUCAUGAAAUUGAUUGCGUUCUCUAUGCUUUUCAGCCCAAAUCUUUCUGUCUGUUAUUCUUUAAUGUUUAAUAAAAACAUAUAAUUUUUUUCUCC